UUGUGGGAUUAUUCCAACAUUGAUAUUUUCCCAUGGCAAUUCAGAAAGUGUUUAGUGUUGUUUUCUUUGCUCUGUUGGGCUUAGGUAUUUGUUCUGCAACUCGAGCCCUUCUUACCCUUGAAAAUGGAAAUGUGCAUGUUGGCUAUGGCACUGUUGUUCAUGGAGCUGUAGGAGAACACGGGUUUACUGGUGCUGGCUAUGGAGGUGGUGCAGGGAGUGGAGAAGGUGGUGGAGCAGGAUAUGGAGGUGCGGGUGGACUUGGUGGUGGUGGUGGCGGUGGAAGUGGAAGUGGAGGUGGAGGUGGAAGUGGGGCAGCUGGUGGUGCUGCUGGAUAUGGAAGUGGUGGUGGGGAAGGAGGUGGUGCUGGAUAUGGUGAAGGUGGAGAGCAUGGGGCUGGAUACGGUGGUGGAGGUGGUGGAGGAAGUGGUGGUGGUGGUGGUGCUGGAUAUGGUGCAGGAGGAGAGCAUGGUGCUGGUUAUGGAAGCGGUGAAGGAGGAGGUGCUGGUAGCGGCUAUGGUGCUGGAGGAGCAGGUGGUGGUGGAUAUGGUGGAGGUGGAGAGCAUGGGGCUGGAUACGGUGGUGGAGGUGGUGGAGGAAGUGGUGGUGGUGGUGGUGCUGGAUAUGGUGCAGGAGGAGAGCAUGGUGCUGGUUAUGGAAGCGGUGAAGGAGGAGGUGCUGGUAGCGGCUAUGGUGCUGGAGGAGCAAGUGGUGGUGGAUAUGGUGGAGGAGGUGGCGGUGGGAGUGGUGGGGGCGGUGGAGCAGGUUAUGGUGCAGGAGGAGCAAGUGGAGGUGGGUAUGGCAGUGGUGAAGGAGCUGGAGGAGGUGCUGGUGGUGGAGCUGCUGGUGGUCAUGGUGGAGGUGGUGGAGGUGGCGCUGGUUCUGGCGGCGGCGGUGGCGGUGCCUAUGGUGCAGGAGGUGCACAUGGGGGUGGAUACGGAGGAGGCAGUGGGAGUGGAGAGGGUGGUGGCCAUGGUGGCUACGCCCCUUAAAAUUUCUUCUCUAUAUCAGAAUGCGUCUCUUACUCUAAUAUGAACCCAAAAAAAAUAAUAAUAAGAUUAGCAUGGGUAAGAUGAUAGCUUAUAAUUCAUAAGUAUUGUAUGAAGGCCGGAUUAAUGCUCUCAAGAAGCUGUAUUUAAUUAUUAUGACUAAUGAAUAUGCAUUCUUCUUUUUCUGCUUUUA